CGCCGCCGCUGAGCGGAAAAAGUAUUUAAACGAGAAAUGAUUCCGUAUGACAAAUCAGAAGUGAAAUAAUUGUGAAACAGCAAGCAACAGGCUGGUCGCCACAACAGACGUGAGAUUCUUCAAAAAAGACACGACAAAAUACCACAAAGCUGCUAAAAUGCCUACCGCCACAGCUGCCGCACAUUUGCCCAUUCAGAAGCGGAAAUAUCAUGAGCACAGCGGCGAGCCCGGCUGCCAGGGCCUGGAGGAGAUGAAUCGCAUGUUCCGCAAUUUCUGGGAUCCCACGGCGUACUGGGUGUGCGAUAGGCAGGGCACACGUGCACGCCUGCAGCACUGCCCCAAGUCCCAGCUGUACUCCGAGGAGUUGGGACGCUGUGUACACUAUGCGAACUGGUCGUGGUCGGACUUCAAAGAGCCACCAAGCCGGCCCAAGGCCACCAGCACACAGUCAGUGUCCACUCAGUAGUGGGCGCUUAGUGCUAGUCCUAGUCCUAGUUCUAAAUUUAGUUAAGCCAAAAAACCACAAACAUCCUCAAUUAGCCAUUACGUUAUUUAUCUUUAC